AAACACUAUCGAAAUGGAUGAGCUGAUGAAGCAAAAGUUACCAACAAAUCUAGAGAAUGCGGGACAGGAACUCACCUGCAGUGUGCUGUUUACCAAUCCAAAAUGUCACCCAAAAGGUAAUGGCGCUGGGGUCGAACUGAACUCGGUAGCGCAAUUUGUUUCGAAAACAGAGGAUCUAGAAGUGGAUCGGGUCAUAAAUAGAUUUUCCAAGAAAAGCUUUAAAAAGGCGAGGAAUUUGAAUCGCUCUCUGUUCGAAAUUGGUCAUAAUUUCGAGAAUGUUGAUGGCUGGUUGAAUUUAAAGCAACCGCUCAAGGGUAAAAUGACCCCGGUUCUUCGCUACAUUAUCGAGGGUCACCUCAUGACCACCGUGAAAAUAGAGAUUAAUAAAAUGUACUUCAACUGUCAUUUUAUUGUACUCCAGGCUUACUCCAGUUUCUUCAAGGAGUUAAAGCAAAAACCCCUGCUGAUAACCCUUCCCAAGGAUGUUGUCUCCCAAAAGGCCUUCAUGCUCAUCUACAAAUGGAUGCUGAGUGAUAAACCCAGUUUGGAACGCCGAUAUAUUCUGGAUAUAUUUGUGGCAGCCACCUAUUUGAGGAUCGACAAUGUGUUGGAGCAUUGCUGGAAGUUUUUCGAUGAGGCUAAAUACUACAAUGAAGAAUCGGCUUGUGUCCUGUAUGUUGAAACUCGAAAUCAUCCUGCUUUGGAUGUGGUGCGAAAUGUGAUGCUGACCAGGAUACAAAAGUUCCUUUUGACUUUUGUAGCUACAAAGGAUUUCCUGGAGCUCCCUCUCACGCAUUUAAUUUAUCUGAUAAGUUCUAGUUCGGUGUGUAUAAAUACAGAGAUUGAGAUUCUGUUUAUGGCUGUGCGGUGGUUGGGUCACAAUUGGAGCCAGAGGGGUGAACAUGCGGAGCGUUUGAUGUCGAGUGUUUGCUUUCCACAGAUGCCUCUAUGGUAUCUCAUUUAUUUGCGACGGGAAGAAGAUAACAAGAUUAUGUUAAAUAUACUAUCUUUACCGGAAAUGGAUAGACGGAUCAACGAAGCCAUUUCGGGCAUCACCUCGCGAAUUUAUGAAGAGGAACUGGCGGUUUUGGAGGGCCGUGCUUUCAAAAAGGAGAAUCUUUCUUUGAAACCGACCACUACCCAUCGAAUCUGGAUUCGUGAUAGCUUAUGCGGAUACUUACACUGGACUGGCUGCCCGAAUACCCGCGAAAUACGAUUCCAUCAUUUCGAAGAAUAUUUGACUGAACUGCAACAGAGUUCACCAGAUCACUGGUCCAAAGUGAAGAUGAAAGAUCCAAGCAAAAAGUUCGAUUGUUGCAGAUUGAGAAAAGCUCGCUUAACAGAUCCAUUUCCUGUUGAAAAUGAAAAGAAAACUACAGAACAACCGUUACAAAACAAAAGGUUGGGGUCUUUGCUUAUAUAAAUUAUUCAAGCUUUCCACCUUUAUUGC